CUGUGGAGUCCUCAAAAAUAAACUUAUCCAAAUUUUACUACUAUGUAAGAAAUGAACAUAUUGUACAUCACUUUGUUUUAACCAUAAACUCUGUACUUUGAACUUUACCUCGGGUUUUGAAUAAAUAUAUAGUUCUGCCUUCGACUCUCCGUCUUCUCCACCAUCUCAACUGCCGUCGAUCAAUUUUAAUCACCUGCUUUCUAUCUCAAAUUUUUGCAGGAGCACCGUAGUUUCUUCCUACGUACUUUGGUCGACCUCCGGCAACGUCAACAUUGGAGAAUUAGUACUGGAGCAGUCUUCCCGCAGCGCCUGGAGUCUAUUACGUUUAUUGUGGAUUUUGGAUCUUUGUAAACCCAAUGAAGUGUCAUCGGUAUCUGGUCGUAAUCAGCAUUGAGCACACCAGAGAACGUGAAGAUAUGAAUGUAUUAUAGCAGAUUAAUCGGAGCCAAAUAUAGUACACAACUUGUCCGCAUGCUUUUCUCACCCUCUAUGUCGUACUUUAUAGACAUCGACUGGAAAUUAUUCUGGAACUUUCCCACUCAUUUAUCAUAAAUACAAGAAUGUACAGCCUCCUAGAUGAUGACUUCGUCGAAAAGAAAAUUUUCUUCCUCGCUGCAACCAUCUUUAUAAUAAUUCCAAUGAUCCAAUGUGUAUAUUCCUUUGUCCCUUUACCACAAGCUCCUAAUUCAAAUUGUUCAGAAGAAUUAUAUGAACUCGUUGAUGAUGAGCAUAAAUCGAUAAAUCAAACAACAGAUCAAUGUAAUCAACCAGUGAAGAAACUGAAACCACCAGGGAAAAAGUUAAAUAUGAUCAAUAGAUUUGGUGCUUCAUUUCGAGUAAUCACUGAUAAGAAGGUGAAUUCUUUGGUUAACCAAUUCAGUAAUCAUCUAACAACUCCUGGAUAUAGUCCAGUGAAAGUACCGAAUAAGGAGAGAACACUGAUUACUGAAAAAUUUGAUAGCAAUCAAGACUAUAAAGUAGAUGGGGCAUUCAUUAAUCAUACCAAUAAAUUUUGUGAUAAACUUGAUGAGAAAGAGUCAAUACAAAGUUUAACCAGUAGAUGUGAUUAUUUACAACCGAAUUCUUCAAGAUUACAAUCUAAAGGUAGCUUUAAAGAUUCUUGUUCAUUAUUCGGUUCAACAAGUUGGUCACAAGAAUCGAGCAUACUUACUCAUGAAUUUUUGCCGACUACUAAUCAAGAUAAUUUUACUAGCAAUUCCAAUGAUAAUCUACAUCAUGAGAAAAUUCUCCGCAACGAUAAUGAUGAUGAUGAUGAUAAUGACGGUGGCAGCUGUCGUGGUGGUGUUGGUGUUGUUGGUGAAGGCUUAUUUGGAUUCAAAGGUUCAAAUCCAACUAGUUGGUUAGAAGAUUCAAGAACAUCAGAAUUACUGAAAAAUUCACUAGAUUUACGUGAAGCUGGUCUACUUGAUAUACGUGAAGGUGAAAAAUUAGAAGUGAUGUGCAUUUAUAUGGAGCCUAGACUGCUGGUGAGAAAUACAAUUGGAGAAUAUGGUUUAGUACGUCAAAGUGAAGUACGAAAUAUAUGA